CGCGCCAUUCGUUGCUCACUUUGCCCACGGCGAGCCGGCCGGAUCUCUGUAACGAUCGGAGGAGGCCUUAGUUAGUCCCUUAACCUACCUGCCUAAUCGAGGCUCAACCGCUCGCCAUCCUCAUCAAUCCAUCCACCCCAAACGGAAUUUACGGAUCAUCUGAGCUCUCGUCCUAUCAAACCACCAUGCUAUCCCAUCCAUUCCGUCACAAAUGAUCAAUCUUCUGCAAAAACUCCUUCAAAAGGUCAUCAAAUCUCUCCUACCCACACCGAAAUUCCCCCUGAGAAAGCUCCUCCCGUUGAAAUCCCGGCUGCCAACAUUCAUUUUCCCGCAGAUUUCCACUCCACUCUGGUGGCCCCCUAAGAUGGCGCGGUGUUUUAGCUUCACGGCGACGAGGGAUUACUGCUACCGAUAUGGCUUUGUCCGCGCGGGGAUGACGCCCACCACGGUGGAUUUCCACGAUGGGACGACGAUGCAUUGCUGGGUUCCGAAGGCUCCGAAGAAGGCCCGCCCCAACCUCCUCUGCAUCCAUGGAUUUGGCGCCAAUGCGAUGUGGCAGUGGGCCGGACAUCUCCGCGCCCUCCUCGCACACUACAAUGUUUACAUCCCUGACCUCCUCUUUUUCGGCGAGUCGUACACCACACUUCCUGAUCGCACUGAGUCGUUCCAGGCUCGUUGCGUCAUCCGGCUCAUGCAGGAGCUCGGCGUCACCAGGAUGAGCGUCGCCGGGAUCAGCUAUGGCGGGUUUGUUGCGUACCAAAUUGCCGCAUUGUUUCCGGAGGCGGUUGAUCAGGUUGUGCUCUGCUGCACCGGCGUCUGUUUGGAGCCUAAGGACCUGGAGCAGGGUCUGUUCAAGGUAUCGGAUUUGGACGCGGCUGUCGGGAUUCUGAUCCCGCAGACGCCGGCGAAGCUCAGGGAAUUGAUGCGCUUCUCUUUCUGCAAACCUCCAAGGCCGCCACCCUCUUGUUUCUUGGAGGAUUUCAUUCAUGUCAUGUGUACUGAAUAUGUAAAGGAGAAGAAGGAACUGAUCAUGGAGUUGGUCAAGGACAGGAAAUGCUCCGAGAUGCCUCGAAUUACCCAGCCAACUCUAAUUAUAUGGGGUGAGCAGGAUCAGAUCUUCCCACUGGAGCUGGGGCACAGACUUAAAGGACACAUUGGAGACAAUGCUGAAUUGGUUGUUAUAAAAAAUGCUGGCCAUGCUGUGAAUCUAGAGAAGCCCAAGGAAUUUUUCAGGCAUUUGAAGAGAUUCUUGAUUGAACCUCUAUAUGACAGGAAGAUUGACUCAGAGUCCUUGUUGGGCAAGCCUCGAUAAGCAGAGUUAUAAGAACAUAUAUUAUGUACACAUACCAUUUGGGCAUUAAUUUCUAUCAAGUUCUCCUGAGAGCGCUUAUUGGCCUUGAUUCAUAUAGCUGUAAAGCUGCUCUGGUGGGGCCCCUUUCAGUCUUCAGAAUUUGAAGUGGUCAUCGAUUGUAAGCAUUCAAGUUAUAUAAAAUCAGUUUGUCCACAAGUAUCUUUCUGCUUCA